CAAUAUAUAGUGUAAACUCUUUAAUAUAUUCGGAUUGUUAAUACUGAUAACGCAAACAAUGUUUCAAAAUAUUAUUGAUGUUUAAUUAUUUCAAGAGAUUAUUAACCUUUUAUCCGUAAAUUUCCGUUUACCGCACUUUAAACAAUGUCGGAUGCCUCAAAUCAGCAAAUACCAGGUUUGAAACAGAAGAAAGUGUUUAAAAUUAUAGUGUUAGGUGAUUCAGGUGUUGGCAAAACGUGUCUAACUUAUCGGUUUUGCGAAGGACAAUUUUUAGAUAAAUCUGAGGCCACGAUCGGUGUUGAUUUCAGAGAAAGAAAUAUAAAAAUUGGUGGGGAAGAUAUAAAGCUCCAGCUAUGGGACACGGCAGGACAGGAGCGGUUCCGCAAGUCCAUGGUGCAGCAUUACUACAGGAAUGUACACGCUGUAGUCAUUGUUUAUGAUGUCACCAAACCUGAGACUUUUCAUUCAAUAGCAAGUUGGAUGCAAGAGGUGGAGUCCCACGGUCUAAUGCGUGCUCCGAGAGUACUGGUGGGCAACAAGUGCGACUGUGGCACGCCAGAGUCCCGGCUAGCCACUACAUACGCACAACGACUCGCUGACAAGUAUGGAAUGCCUUUAUUUGAAACGUCAGCGCUACUGGACUCGGAGUGUGACAAUGUGGAGUCCAUAUUUAUGACGCUGGCACACAAACUAUACUCCAAACAGCCGCUGAGAGUUGUCAGUGUUGAGGGAGAACACGGUCCAGGCGUAGUAAAUCUACAAAGGCAGAAGCGAGCGACGAGUUCCAACGACGGUUGUCUAUGCAGCUAGACAAAACUCCCAGUAAUAACUACGUAAUGUACUAUUCCGUCUGACAUCCAUGACCAAUGUUGCCACUCUAAAAUAUUAUCCGUAGUAUUGCCAGCGUUAAAUAAUAUCUGUCAUGUUGAAAGAUUUUAAAGUUUAAAAAGACCUUUUGCUAAUUUUUGAAGGGAUUGGCAGAUUACUGUAAUAUUUUUAUUAAUUUAUUAUACAUAGAUAUGUUAUUAGUUAAUUUCCUACAUUGGAAUCAUUCCCAGAUACCGCGCAACUACUGUUAAUUUUAUUCAACUCAAGAAAACCUUCGUGGGUCGCAAGAUUUUUAUUUUACGGGUUAGUUGUUUAUUUUUUUUACAUAAACUUAACACAAUAUCAGGCUUUUUAUCCCCGAAAUGGUAGACAGAGGCUAACGGCUUUUUAAAACCCCAGUAUUGUUUUUCCCGACCCGGGAAUUGAACCCGAGACCUCUUGCCUUGGCAGUGGCACUU